UCGUCACUUCCCGCCUCUGCUGAACCUUCUUUGCUGCUCGUCGUUGACUGUUUACAUCCUCAAUGACGGAAGUAGAGGUAUUCUUUCCCGGUGAGUCGCCUAAUUGAAGCCAGGCUCCUGCGGCCAUGAAUGAAGAGUUGUCCCCUUUGGAUUGCCUACUGCCAUCAGGCAAACAGAGGAUUGGUCUGAUUAUCCUAAACCAGCCUGUGGAUAGGGACUACCUUCACGUGCUGUGGAGUAAAGCUCUUUUGACGGCGUGCGCUGAUGGUGCUGCCAAUCACCUAUAUAACAUCACUGCUGGAGAAAAUGACAGCUUCCUUCCCGACUACAUCAGCGGGGACUUUGAUUCCAUUACUGCAGAAGUGCGGGAUUUCUUUGCAGACAAGGGGUGCCGACUGAUAGAAACGAGUGACCAGGAUCUUACGGACUACACCAAAUGUCUUGUCAUCAUGGUGGAAGAGAUCAAAAGACGGAAGUUGCAGGUUGACGCUAUUGUAACACUGGGCGGGCUCGGGGGAAGAUUUGACCAGGUGAUGGCGACGGUGGAGACCCUCCAUCAUGCUCUGCCCAUGACACAGCUCCCGCUGUUGGUCAUCCAGGAGACAAGCCUGGCUUAUCUACUCAGACCUGGCACCCACAGACUGGGGGUAAACACGGGCCUGGAGGGGGACUGGUGCGGCCUCAUUCCAGUGGGGGGACCCUGCCUAACAACCACCAGUGGCCUCAAAUGGAACCUAAAUAACCAAGUGCUUGAGUUCGGGAAGCUGGUGAGCACCUCCAACACCUACGAGCCCGUGUCCCCUGGAGCGCCCAGGAAGUGUGUAACAGUCAACACAGACCGGCCUUUGCUGUGGAGCAUGGGCAUCCACAAGGAGGGGGGAUGCUGGCAAACACCAUCACCUUGACUGUUUCAAGUUGUACAUCUUUUACAAUGCAAGGCUGGUAUAUACGGUAUUUUUAAAAAGGUAAACUAUUAGAAAUCCACAUGUAUUAAAUAGCAUCAAAUAUUUUUAUGCAGGAAAACUACAUUUAGCAUUCUACAACAAAAUAGAAAUUGUAUUAAAAGGCAAAGUUGGCAUCCCAUUGCAUGUUUUUUUUUAUUAUUUACAUAGCAUAAUAGAAAUGUUGACUACAGAAUGUAAUAAAAAUGUCACUCCUUCUGUUCCCCUCCCCUCAUCAGAACGUUGCAUGUCUGUCUUCUGAUUCCAGAUGCUCAUCUUCUGUGUUUGAUUGGAAUUUAACCACCACUGCAAGACAAAAAAAAGGAUGCUUUACACACGCAAUUGGAUAGGAAAGCUGUUUUGCAGGUUAAUGUUGUAUUAUUACAUUUGCACCACAGAAGUAUUAUAAAUGCAAAAUAAGGGUAUUUAACUUAAAUGCUAAAUGACAGUUUUAAUGCAUUGCAGCAACUUACACAAUAAUGUUGUUGAUAGGGAUGUGGAUGAGUUUGACGAAGAAGCCGAUGAAUCCCAUGAUGGCGAAUCCAAUAGCUGUGGCCAUUGCAAUUUUCUGAAAUUCUAGAAAACGGUGAGCAGACAUUUAAUUAAAACCUCUUAAAACCUGACGGACCCGUCACCGGAAGCUUAGAAUGUAAACAGACGUGACGUUAGACAUGUUUGUUUAUUUAAAUUUCGACAUAUUAUUAAGUAACUUGAA